AUGGCAGAUGAAUUAGGGACGGACAGUCGGGAAAUUUUCAAUGGUCAUUUCGAGGUUGAUGAAAACUGGCCCUAUGAUAAAUUUCCCAUUGGGCAGGUUGGGGGUGUGGCCAUGGACAGCAAGGGAUUGUUGCAUAUUUUGCAUAGGGCUGAUAGAGUUUGGGACGGAAGUUCUUUUAAUGAGUCCAUUGUGUACGUGGAUCACGGCCAGCAGAAGAUAAAGAAACCGACCAUACUGGUCGUCAACACCACAGAUGGUACUACUGUUAAACAUUGGGGAAGUGAUCUUUUUGUCAUGCCGCAUGGUUUGGAGAUUGAUUCAAAGGAUAAUAUCUAUGUAACAGAUGUUGGACUGCACCAGGUUUUCAAGUUUGAAUCCGGAAAGACCAGUCCAUAUUUGAGUCUGGGGAUUGCAUUUGAACCGGCCGGCAGCAACGACGACAUGGAAAGAUUCUGCCAGCCAUCUGAUGUGGCCGUGGCUGCCAAUGGAGACUUCUUUGUAUCAGAUGGUUAUUGCAACAGUCGCAUUGUGAAAUACAACAAGGAUGGAAUGAUCAUUUCAAUAUUCGGGGCAGAUGACUCAAACAUUCCUCACAGUUUGGCACUUGUCGAAGAUAUGGAUUACUUGUGUGUAGCUGACAGAGAAAAUAUGAGAGUCUUGUGCUACAGAGCAGGUCUGACAGACGCCAACAAUACAGGUGCGCCAGUUGUACAGUUCAUCAACAAGGAAAUUGGGAGAGUGUUUGGCAUAACGUACAAUGGCCUGCUGUAUGGCGUCACUGGUCCGACUGGAAUCCUCAAGAAUCAAGGCUUCUCAUUGGAUGUUAAAAAUAGCGAGGCGUACGAUACUAACGGCUUCGCAAACCCACAUUGUAUAACGGUAAGCAAGGAUGGUGGGACCGUCUAUGUUGGAGAGAUAGAUCCUAACUUUGUGUGGAAAAUGGAAAAAGAUGAGUGA